AUGCACUCAGCAGGUGACAGAAUGAUGCCGGCAAAACCUCUUUAUCCGCCUUUUUGUGGGGGCAGAAGGGAAGCAGCGGCUGUGGAACCAGAUCAGGGGCCAGUGUGCUUUGAAGAUGUCGCUGUUCAUUUCACGGACGAGGAGUGGGCGUUGCUGGAUCCUGACCAGAGAGCUCUGCAUAAGGACGUCAUGGAGGAGAAUUGUGGGAUCGUGGCCUCUCUUGAUUGUGAUGAAUUGGAAAUUGAGAACAAAGGUGACCACAACAAAAUCCCCAGAAAGGAGAAGUCACAUAAAAAUUUGGAGUGUGGAGAAAGCUGCAGUCAGAGCUCCCAUUCCACUUCCCAUCAAAGAAAUCUCAUUGGAAAGAAGCCCUGUCAGUGCGUUGAAUGUGGAAAGAACUUCACUAAUAGCUCCGAUCUCACUUGCCAUCAAAGAAUUCAUACAGGGGAGAAACCCUAUAAGUGUGUGGUAUGUGGAAAGAGCUUCAGUAAGAGGUACAAUCUAACUUUCCAUCAAAGAAUUCAUACAGGGGAGAAACCCUAUCAGUGUGUGGAGUGUGGAAAGAGCUUCACUCAUACCUCCUCUCUAACUUCCCAUCAGAGAAUUCAUACAGGGGACAAACCCUAUCAGUGUGUGGAGUGUGGAAAGAGCUUCACUAAUAGCUCCGAUCUCACUUACCAUCAAAGAAUUCAUACAGGGAAGAAACCCUACCAGUGUGUGGAAUGUGGAAAGAGCUUCACAUGUAGCUCCUCUCUAACUUCCCAUCAGAGAAUUCAUACAGGGGAGAAACCCUAUCAGUGUGUGGUAUGUGGAAAGAGCUUCACUCAUAGCUCCUCUCUAAAUUCCCACCAGAGAAUUCAUACAGGGGAGAAACCCUAUCAGUGUUUGGAAUGUGGAAAGAGCUUCACUUAUAGCUUCUCUCUCACUUUGCAUCAAAGAAUUCAUACAGGGGAGAAACCCUAUCAGUGUGUGGUAUGUGGAAAGAGCUUCACUGCUGGCUCCUCUCUCACUUCCCAUCAGAGAAUUCAUACAGGGGACAAACCCUAUCAGUGCGUGGAAUGUGGAAAGAUCUUCACUGUUGGCUCCUCUCUCACUUCCCAUCAGAGAAUUCAUACAGGGGACAAACCCUAUCAGUGCGUGGAAUGUGGAAAGAGCUUCACAUGUAGCUCCUCUCUCAGUUCCCAUCAAAGAAUUCAUACAGGGGAGAAACCCUAUCAGUGCGUGGAAUGUGGAAAGAGCUUCAAUCAGAGCUCCUCUCUCAGUUCCCAUCAAAGAAUUCAUACAGGGGAGAAACCCUAUCAGUGCGUGGAAUGUGGAAAGAGCUUCAGUAAGAGCUCCAAUCUCACUUCCCAUCAAAGAAUUCAUACAGGGGAGAAACCCUAUCAGUGCGUGGAAUGUGGAAAGAGCUUCAGUAAGAGCUCCAAUCUCACUUCCCAUCAAAGAAUUCAUUCAAACGUCAGAAAAACCCUUCAUUAUAGACUUCCGGUUGGCUCGCCCGAUUAUGGCGGACAGGAGUUCUUUCGUGGAAAGGGCACCGGCGCUUCGAAGACAGGGGAGAGUCGCUAGAGCGCAGCGGCGCCCCGAAAAACCCUCAGAUUGAGCGUUCUGAGGACCUGGAGUUCCUGCAGGUGCCGGGAACGACUCCCCUGCUCCCCGUAAGCUCUAAAAAAGAGGGCUGAGUGAGAGCGGGGUUGGAGACAUUGGCACUAUUGAAACAAUUCGCUUCCUUCAAAGCGCGAAGCUCUGAGUCCUGCGAUUGUGAGCGGCCAAUUCCUCCAAGGGAAAAAAUUUUUUUGGACUAUCCCUCUUGGAAAUCGUGAGUAAAACGAUUUCAUUUGGAAUUUUGAAUUGGGAAGGAAAGGGAUUUAAAAACAGAGGUCAAUCCCUUUCACUGAAGUAAAAACGAAAGCAGCUAACGUUACCAAAAGCCGCAACUUUAGUCUCAUCUUUUAGAAACUUUCAAGUCUUUCCUAUAUCUCCCUUUCUAGCAGGGGGAAGGGGGGGAAAGACAAAAAACAAAUUUCCCUGCAGAAGAAUUAGGGAUUUUUCCUGAACUGUUGUAUCUUCUUUGUGGAAGCAGACCUCCCGGGUGAGGGGAGGCUAGACUCCAUUGUGACGCAACAAAGGGAAUGGAAGCUUUCAACUUUCGUUUUCCACUUUGGAAAAAUACAAAGUAACCACAGCCGCCAGAGCUCAACAAAUACCUGGAACUCUGCAACUAAGUUAAAGACUUGAAAUAAACUUUUGGGACUUGUUUAAAGGAGAAAAUAAAGACUUGUACUUAUAUUUACUAGAUUGAAAGACUGUGGUGAGCAAAGACUCUUACUCUGGAGUGGGGAUUUUUGCAGCUGGGAAACAGUCUGUUUAUCCUAUUGUCUCCCUCUUUUGACUGUAGCUGACCUGGGGGGGGGAAAUAAAACUAUGGUUGGGGGUGACAAAGGAGACAAGACAGAAAAGUCAGAGAGACUGGAAAGAACAAAAAUUAAACCAAGAAGAGAAUCUAGAACACCAACAUUUGAAGAAUCAGUAAUGCAACUUCUUCAGGAAAUUAAAACAGAAGUAAGAGGGAAUCAAAAAACCAUUCAAGAUUUGAGGAGUGACUUUUCUGAACUGAAAGAAGACCUGAAGACAAUGAGGUCCAACAUUACCUCACAUGAGGAAAGAAUUACACAACUGGAAACAGUAAAAAUUCGGGAUUUAGAGACUGUCUAGCAGCAGGCGUUAAAUUUGAUUGCGUUUUUGGAAUUAAAGGAGAAGGAGGCUCAUCUGAGACUGAGGGGAGUGGUCCAGAAGGAACAGGAUAACUUGAAGGGUUGGCUCAUUGAGGAAUUUUCAACUUACUGGGAGAUCUCAAAAGAAGAAUUGAAUUUGUGGAUUGAUAAAGCAUAUAGAUUUGGUCCUAAAAAAGAUUCUAAAAUCACACAUGACUGUAUGGUGAUUUUUAAAACAAAGGAACAAAGAGACAUGA